AUGCUCGCUAGGUCCACAGGCAUUGCAGUUGCUAACCUUGCCCGCACCGCUGCGGUGCCUUCGGCUCGCCGCGCUGUUCCGGCUGUUGCUACCGCUGUCCGUAACUAUGCUACGGCCAAGGCUGCCGCCUCGGAGGUGAGCUCGAUCCUUGAGCAGCGCAUCUCGGGUGCCUCGUCGAACUUCGACGUUGAGGAGACCGGCCGUGUGCUCGCCAUCGGUGACGGUAUCGCCCGUGUGUACGGUCUGCGUAACAUUAUGGCCGAGGAGAUGGUUGAGUUCUCCUCGGGUGUCCGUGGUAUGGCUCUUAACUUGGAGCCUGACAACGUCGGUGUUACCGUUUUCGGUUCGGACGCUCUCAUCAAGGAGGGUGACAUUGUCAAGCGUACCGGCCAGAUUGUCGACGUUCCGGUUGGCCCUGAGCUGCUUGGCCGCGUCGUUGACGCUCUCGGUAACCCCAUUGACGGUAAGGGCCCGAUUGAGUCCAAGGAGCGCCGCCGUGCCCAGGUCAAGGCCCCGGGUAUUCUGCCGCGUCGCUCGGUCCACGAGCCCAUGCAGACUGGUCUGAAGUCGGUCGACGCCAUGGUGCCCAUCGGUCGUGGUCAGCGUGAGCUGAUCAUUGGUGACCGUCAGACCGGUAAGACUGCCGUUGCUCUGGACGCCAUGCUCAACCAGCGCCGCUGGAACGAUGGCAACGAUGAGUCGAAGAAGCUCUACUGUAUCUACGUUGCUGUUGGUCAGAAGCGUUCGACCGUCGCCCAGCUUGUGCAGACCCUCGAGCAGAACGACGCCCUGAAGUACUCGGUCAUUGUUGCCGCCACUGCUUCGGACGCUGCUCCUCUGCAGUACCUGGCUCCUUUCACUGGCUGCUCCAUUGGUGAGUGGUUCCGUGACAACGGCAAGCACGCCCUUGUGGUGUACGAUGACCUGUCGAAGCAGGCCGUUGCCUACCGUCAGAUGUCGCUUCUUCUGCGUCGUCCUCCGGGUCGUGAGGCCUACCCCGGUGACGUUUUCUACCUGCACUCGCGUCUCCUUGAGCGUGCCGCCAAGAUGAACGAGAAGGAGGGUGCUGGUUCGCUCACUGCCCUGCCGAUCAUUGAGACCCAGGGUGGUGACGUGUCGGCUUUCAUUCCGACCAACGUCAUUUCGAUUACCGACGGUCAGAUUUUCCUGGAGUCGGAGCUCUUCUUCAAGGGUAUCCGUCCCUCGGUUAACGUCGGUCUCUCGGUGUCGCGUGUCGGUUCGGCUGCCCAGACCAAGAUCUACAAGGCUGUGGCCGGUUCGCUCAAGCUCUACCUUGCCCAGUACCGUGAGCUGGCUGCCUUCGCCCAGUUCGGUUCGGACUUGGACGCUUCGACCCGCUACACCCUCAACCGUGGUGCUCGUCUGACUGAGCUCCUCAAGCAGCGUCAGUACUCGCCUCUGGCCACUGAGGUCCAGGUGCCGAUCAUUUACGCUGGUAUCAAGGGUCUCCUUGACGAGGUCCCCGUCGACAGGAUCGUUGAGUGGGAGGCUGCCUACCGUGAGGAGCUCUCGUCGCAGACUGACCUUCUUUCGGAGAUUGCCAAGGGCUCGAUGACCCCUGAGAUUGAAGAGAAGAUUGCUUCGUCGGUCAAGGCCAGCGUCUCGUCGUUCCUGGGCAACUAA